CCUUUGCAAACACUUUGGGUCAAAGUUUGUAUCCGCAGGUAAGAGGAAGAGCUCAAGACCUUAUUUAGGAAACAUGUCCGGUGCGUCACGGCUCACUCGCGCUGCGCAGCAAUAACUUUGACAAGUGCAGUGGCUUCAUUUAAUCACUGACACAAAUGGAAUAAAGACGAGGAUGGAUUACUCCUGGGGGAACAUCUUCUUCACUGUCAUACUCAUCACUGACAGAAUCUGGCAGUCCCACUCCUUCAAUGUUGGCACUGCAGGUGCCAAGAUUUUCAGCGGACCAGCAGCAGAAGAGUUUGGAUACACAGUCCAGCAGACGACAAACCAUGAAGGCAAAUGGCUGCUGGUUGGUGCUCCCUGGAGUGGUUUCAGUCAAAACAGGAAAGGGGAUAUUUACAAGUGUCCAGUCUCAGGAUCCAGAAACAGCUGCGACAAGCUCAAUCUUCAAGACUCUCUUACUAUUCCAAAUGUUAGAAACGUCAACACCAACAUGUCCCUGGGUUUGACUCUCACCCGGCUGCCUGCACCUAGUGGUUUGAUGAUGUGUGGCCCUCUUUGGGGACAGCAGUGCGGCUCUCAAGACUUCUACCCAGGAAUCUGUGCAAAGUUAAACCCCCUCUUUCAACCUCAACCAGCCUUCUCUCCUGCCGUCCAGACAUGUGGAGGGCCGAUGGACAUUGUGAUUGUUUUGGACGGCUCCAACAGCAUUUAUCCCUGGGGGCCAAUGACAGACUUCCUACGGAAAUUGAUACCUACGCUCGACAUCGGGCCUCAAAACACGCAGGUCAGUGUCAUUCAGUACGCUGUUAACCCCAAGUUCGAAUUCAAACUGAAUCAGUAUAAAACCAAAGAAGAGGUUGUCGCUGCAGCGUCCAGAAUCACACAGAUGUACGGUCAGUCUACCAACACCUUCCACGCCAUCCAGUAUGCCAGUCAGUGGGGUUUUAAUCCAAAUCACGGCGGCCGACCAACCGCUGCCAAGGUGCUCGUGGUCGUCACUGACGGCGAAUCUCACGAUGAGUCCUUCAGAGAUACGGUCAUCGCUGAUUGUGAGAAACAAGGCAUCACACGCUUCGGUAUCGCUGUCUUGGGUUAUUACAUCAGAAAUAACAUCGACACAGAAAACCUAAUAAAGGAAAUCAAAUCCAUUGCCAGUUUACCCACAGAGAAGUAUUUCUUCAAUGUGUCUGAAGAGGCGGCCCUGUCCACCAUCGCUGGAACUCUGGGGAACCGGAUCUUCAACAUCGAGGGCACUGGAAAAGGAGGUGACAACUUCAAGAUGGAGAUGUCCCAGGUUGGAUUCAGUGCUCAUUACGCGAGCCAACAGGACGUGAUGAUGCUCGGAGCAGUGGGAGCUUACGCUUGGAGCGGCACUGUCGUCCAUCAAACAGGCACAAAAGUGGAUGUUCUGCCUUCCUCAGCGUUUGAGGGAACACUGCAGGACAGAAACCACAGCUCGUUACUAGGUUACUCUGUCACCACUCUGAGCGAUGGGUCGACAGAAUACUUUGUAGCCGGUGCUCCUCGCUCCAACCACUCCGGCCAAGUUAUCGUCUACACUGUCAACGCUCAGAAGCAAUCUGCCAUCAUAGAUUCAGAAAGAGGAAAACAGAUUGGCUCGUACUUUGGAAGCGUCCUGUGCCCCCUGGAUGUGGACAGAGAUGGAACGACCGACCUCCUGCUGGUUGGUGCUCCGAUGUACAUGAGCGAGCUGAAGAAAGAAGAAGGCAGAGUCUAUCUUUUCUCUGUCACCAAGGGGAUACUGAACGAGCAGGGAUUCCUCAGCGGUCCACCCCCAACUGAGAAUGCACGUUUUGGGAUGGCCAUCUCCACCGUUCCUGACCUUGACCUGGACGGAUACAAUGAUGUUGUAGUCGGAGCGCCACUCGAAGACAAAGGAAAAGGUGUCAUUUACAUCUACAAUGGACAGAAGAAGACAUUAAACAAACAGUUCUCACAGAGAAUCUUUGGCUCCAAACUGGAUCCUCAGCUGCAGUAUUUUGGAAGGUCUCUGGAUACUUACAAAGAUCUGAAUGAUGAUACGCUUCCUGACAUCUCAGUCGGGGCUUAUGGUAAAGUGGUGCAGCUCUGGUCCAGAGGUGUGGCAUCUGUCACAGCUGCAGCCACUUUCAAGCCUGAUAAAAUCAACAUUUUCAACAAACCUUGUGACAUUAACGGACGCAAGCUGUCAUGUUUCAACACCAACCUCUGCUUCACUGCUGCAUUCAGGCCUAAGAACCCUGUUGGACCCAUCGAUAUUUCCUACACUUUAACUCUGGAUGCUGACCUGCAGGCUUCACGAGUGACAUCAAGAGGACUGUUUACGAAAAACAACGAACGCUUUCUCACAGAAAAGACAAAAAUCUCAUCUACACCCCUUUGUCAAGACUAUCAGGUUUAUGUUCAGGAGACGCCAGACUUUGUGAAUUCUCUCAGUCUGAAAGUUGAAAUUGAGCAGCAGAAUGCAGAUGUGAACCCCGUCCUUGACAUAUUUUCUCCAAAUGCCCUGGAAUUCUUUAUCCCGUUCACUAAAGACUGUGGCUCCGAUGACGUCUGUGUCAGCGAUCUGGUGCUGAGUGUAAAGACGAGUACAAAAUCAUCCAGCUCAGCUCCUGUUCUGGUCAGCACUAAUAACAGAGAGCUGUCAUUUGAGGUGGAUGUGAAGAACAAAAAGGAAAACGCAUACAACACGCAGGUGUUGAUCACGUACUCCAGCAACCUCUACUACUCCUCCGUCUUUCCUCCUACCGAUGGAGUCAAAUGCACGUCAACACAAACAGAAACUGUCACGUGCCAGGUGGGAUACCCGGCUUUAAAGAAAGACCAAGAGAUGAAAUUUCAGAUAAAUUUUGAAUACAAUCUUGAUCAGCUGCAGAACCAAGCUGUGGUGAAAUUUGAGGCCAAGAGCGAUGGUAACGAGGAAAGACCUGCAGACAACAAGGUGGACAUAUCAUUCCCUGUUAAAUAUGAUGCAGGGGUUGUUUUAUCCCGACACUCAAACAUUAAUUUCUAUGUGGCGGACGCUACACUUCCAGUGGUAACAACAGUGAAAACACUGGAUGACAUCGGCCCAGAGUUUAACUUUACAGUGAAGGUUUCAACGAGUAACUUCCCCGUCAGCCUCCUGUAUCUCACCAUCGCUCUGCCAACGACCACUAAAGGUGGAAAUCCGCUCCUCUAUGUUACCAACGUCGAGACACAAGCUGGAGGUUCUGUCAGCUGUGAUUCCAGCAGCCUGGUCGAUCCUCUGAAGAUCGGAGUGAAGAGCCACACAGCGUCUUUCUCUGAGGAGAGCCUCAGAAGCAUCGAGAAACUGGACUGCAAGAGCGCAAAAUGCAAAUAUAUGAAAUGCAUCCUCAAAGACACAGACGUUAAGAGCGACUACUUUGUGAAAGUUAAAACCAGGAUCUGGAGUGGGACAUUUAUUUCGGCCACGUAUCAGACCACUGAGCUGACCACCAGUCUGGAAGUGGAGACAUCCAUCCCUGAUUUGCUCAUUAUCAGCCUCAAACAGCUACCAGUGGUUUUGACAAUCAGCAAACCAGGAGAGAAAGGUGAUGUUCCAGUGGGAGUCAUAGUUGGCAGCGUCAUAGCUGGUCUGCUGCUGUUGGCGCUGGCGGUCGGGCUGCUGUGGAAGUUUGGGUUUUUCAAAAGAAAGUACCAGCAGCUUCAGAAGGAAUCUGAUGAAGAUGGGCAGAGUCACGCUAACGAGGACGGAGUUUUGUGAAGUGAAGAGAAAACCUGCAGCCUUUUCUCUCUGCUGGAUGUUUCCAGGAUGGAAACUGGUACUUUUCAGUGGUUCUUGUAUAGCAAAGAGACUACAGCUCAGUCACUGGAAAUUGGACAUUUUAAUGAAAUGGAUUCAGUUCAGCUUGUGGAUUCCUGGGAUUCAAUCAUAUUUCCAGAGGAUUUUGGUCUUACAUUCUUUAUUUUCUUAUUAUUUUUUUUAUUGCUUUGUGGAUUGUACAGAGUAUUUGCUAUCAUGCACUGACUUUGAAAAAAUGUUAAGGCUGUUUUUUUCUCCACAGAACUACAUAUAUAGCAAGAAAAAAUAAAUUUAGGCUAUGGAUGAGAUAAUCGGCUUGGAUGCAAAUGUUGCCAUCCAGAAUUUUACACUGUAAAGGCAUUUAAUUUAUUUUGUUCAGACAAAUUCUCAACAAUGUGACUGCAAAACAGCUAUUCCAGUUAGAAAAUCUGACAAUAAUGAAUAUAGCUAUUUGUCACACACAUACUAUAGGCACUCUGUAGCAUUUACUGCCUUGAAUUCAACGGCCAUCUCUGGCACUCAGGGCUUUUUUGCAUCAAGACUAUUGAUAUUAAUAGCUUAUUUGCAAAAAGGAAACAAUACCUGUCCUGUAAUAAGUAAAAUGUGUAAUUAUUCUGUUUCAUUGUGUUUGUACUGUAUAUAUUAUGAGAUAAAAUUGUGAUGUUUGAUUUUGGGUUUUAUAUAUUAAAAGAUUUUUUGGCGA